AAGCCCAGUCCACUCCCUAUUUUUUUCUUGCAUGGCCCAAGCCCAGCAUUACAUUAUCCAAUCUUCUUCUUUUUCUUGUGAGCAAAUUACCACCUUCGAAAUUUGUCCAACUCCAUAGCAAUGCCUACCCAACUCCAUACUUCCACGCACCACCACUUUCCUCCUCCUCUCCUCCACCGUACACUUAUACUCUCCGCCCACCACCGCCCUAUACUCCGCCGCCUAUCUGUUAUCCAUGGACGCUUCCGAGUCACUAAUUGUACGAAAAGUUCUAGCGAAAAUACAGUGACUGAGCUGGUUAAAGCAAUUGAUGGGCAAAGGACAAAUGAGCAACUACAACAGCAGCAGGUCAAAAAGGCUUAUCCGUUUCACGAAAUUGAACCAAAAUGGCAACAUUAUUGGGAGGAGAAUAAAACAUUUCGAACACCUGAUGAGAUUGAUACUUCCAAGCCCAAAUUCUAUGUUCUUGAUAUGUUCCCAUAUCCAAGUGGAGCUGGUUUGCAUGUUGGACAUCCACUUGGAUAUACUGCGACAGAUAUCCUUGCUAGAUUUAAACGCAUGCAAGGUUUCAAUGUAUUGCAUCCAAUGGGAUGGGAUGCAUUUGGUUUACCUGCUGAGCAAUACGCUAUUGACACAGGCACACAUCCAAAAAUCACAACUUUGAGGAAUAUUAGUCGUUUCCGCUCGCAGCUUAAAUCAAUAGGCUUCUCUUACGAUUGGGAUCGUGAAAUUUCUACAACAGAACCUGAUUACUACAAAUGGACUCAGUGGAUAUUUCUUCAACUUCUGAAGAGAGGACUAGCUUAUCAGGCUGAAGUGCCUGUCAAUUGGUGUCCAGCACUUGGUACUGUCUUGGCAAAUGAAGAAGUAGUUGAUGGUGUAAGUGAAAGAGGGGGGCAUCCAGUCAUCAGAAAGCCUAUGCGGCAGUGGAUGCUGAGGAUUACUGCAUAUGCUGACCGUCUUCUUGAGGAUCUAGAUGACCUCGACUGGCCUGAGAGUAUAAAGGAAAUGCAGAGGAAUUGGAUUGGUAGGUCAGAAGGAGCAGAAUUGGAUUUUGUCGUCAUAAAUGGUAACGGUGAGGAAGCAAAGAAAAGAAUAACAGUUUAUACAACAAGGCCGGACACUAUAUUUGGUGCAACAUAUUUAGUCCUUGCACCUGAGCAUCCCUGUCUGUCGUCACUUUUAUCAGAAGCACAAAGUAAACAUGUAGAGGUGUACAGAGAACUUGCCUUUAAAAAGAGUGACCUUGAGAGGACUGAGCUUCAAAAGGAAAAAACAGGUGUCUUUACUGGUUGUUACGCAAAAAAUCCAGCCAAUGGACAAGCUGUUCCUAUUUGGGUUGCUGAUUAUGUCUUGGGAAGCUAUGGCACAGGAGCAAUAAUGGCUGUGCCUGCCCAUGACACACGCGACUUUGAAUUUGCUAUGAAGUACACUAUCCCAAUUUCUUGGGUUGUAAAACCAGAUGAUAGCAACUGUGGCAAUUUUAAGAGACCAUUUUCAGGUGAAGGAUCAAUGAUAAAUUCAUCAUGUUCAGAGUCAGGGCUUGACAUUAAUGGUUUGCCUAGCAAAGAAGCUGCUUCAGGAGUCAUCCAAUGGCUUGAGAAAAGUGGAAACGGGAAAAAGAAGGUAAAUUACAAGUUGAGAGACUGGCUUUUUGCUCGGCAACGCUAUUGGGGGGAGCCUAUUCCUGUUAUCUUUUUGGAUGACACAGGAGAAGGUAUUCCAAUUCCAGAAACUGAGCUGCCCCUUACCCUUCCUGAGUUGGAUGAUUUCACUCCCACAGGGACAGGGGAGCCACCUCUUUCCAAAGCAGAGUCUUGGGUUAUAACCAAAGAUCCUUCAUCUGGAAAACCUGCUAGGCGAGAAACAAACACCAUGCCCCAGUGGGCUGGUUCUUGCUGGUACUAUCUAAGAUUUAUGGACCCAAAGAACUCCAGUGUAUUGGUUGACAAGGCACAAGAACAGUACUGGGGCCCUGUUGACGUGUAUGUUGGUGGUGCUGAGCAUGCUGUUCUUCAUUUACUUUAUGCCAGGUUCUGGCACAAGGUUCUCUAUGACAUAGAUGUUGUGUCAACAAAGGAACCAUUUAAGUGUGUCAUAAAUCAGGGCAUCAUCCUUGGUGAAGUUCAAUAUACAGCAUGCAAAGAUGAAGAGGGAAACUUGAUAUCAGCAGACUCUGUUGGUGAGCUGGCUCAGUACAAACAAGAAAGAAUGCCUGAGGAAAAGGUCAUGAAAUCUGGUGACGUGUUUGUAUUGAAAGACAACCCCAGCAUUCGCUUGAUAGCCCGAACUCACAAGAUGAGUAAAAGUAGGGGAAAUGUCAUCAACCCUGAUGAUGUUGUUUCGGAGUAUGGUGCAGAUUCUCUACGCUUAUAUGAAAUGUUUAUGGGUCCAUUAAGAGACUCGAAAACAUGGAAUACAAGUGGUAUUGAUGGUGUUCACCGUUUCCUAGCAAGAUCUUGGAGAUUGUGUGUUGGUUCAGCCUCACCCACUGGUUCAUAUCCGGAUGGAACUGUCACAGUCGAUGAGAAACCUUCGAUUGAACAACUUCGUUCUUUACACAGAUGCAUUGAUAAGGUAACUGAAGAAAUUGAAGCAACUCGGUUCAACACUGGAAUUUCUGCAAUGAUGGAGUUUAUUAAUGCAGCAUAUAAGUGGGACAAGCUUCCGAGAUCAAUUAUUGAAGCAUUUGUUUUGCUGCUCUCACCAUAUGCACCUCACAUGGCAGAGGAGCUCUGGUGUCGUUUGGGACACUCAAAUUCCUUGGCAUAUGAGCCCUUCCCUAAGGCUGAUGCUGCAUAUUUAAAAGAGAGCACUGUAGUCCUUCCGGUCCAAAUAAAUGGAAAGACUAGAGGUACCAUACAGGUCGAAGAAACAUGUUCAGAAGAUGAAGCCUUUAGAUUAGCUUCACUUGAUACGAAACUGUCCAAGUUUUUGGAUGGGAAAUCUAUUAGGAAGAGAAUCUACGUCGAAGGAAAAAUUUUGAACAUCGUCAUAGAUAUGCAGAAAAAGGCCAAGGUGGUUCAACAAUAGUUGAUGCCUGGAAUCCCUAUACAUUGUGUUGUUCAUAAGGGUUGACUGAUUAAUAACACCGUGGAGUAGCAAGCAGUGAUGGCACCUGUACCAUAAUUCAUUUGUUGUACAAUAUUUUAAGAGGACAAUAAGCUCUCCAGCAGUUUUAAAGUGGAAUAGGCUUUGUUGUAUGGUGAGAGAGAGAGGGAGAAAGAGAGGAGUCAGCAGAAUUGCUUAAUCUAUUAGUUUUCUGCAUAAAUUAUGUUCAUUGAUGUACCAUUCUACUGAAUAUACUGCUCUUGUAUUUAUAUAUGAAAUGUUCAAAUGAACAUUGUUUCAUUUUGGAAGGAA